CCUGGUGAAGAUGGCGGCGGCAGCGGCGGCGUCGGGCCUGUCCAAGGCGGAGUACCUGAGGCGGCGCUACCUGGAGCCCGGCGAGGCCGAGGGCGAGGCCGGCUCGGGGGCCAAGAAGCGGCGCCGGAGGAAGCGCCCCAAGGAGCUGCCGGGAGGGAUGCGUAUUGUGGAUGAUGAUGUGAGCUGGAAAAGCAUUUCUAAUGUGGAAGGAAAGGAGGAGGAAGAGGUGGAAGAUGGAGACCUGCCUGUGGUGGCUGAAUUUAUUGAUGAGCGGCCAGAAGAAGUAAAGUGGAUGGAGGAAUUCCGUGGCAGUAAGAAGUGGAAGCUCUUGGGAGAUCACAAUGAAGAGUCACAAAGCUCUGAUCUUUCUGGAACUGCAAAAUCAAACAGUUCAGAAGCCGUGAAGCACAAGCAAAAAAAGCAUUCACCAGAAUCGUCCCCACCCAGAAGGGGCCGCCACAACUCCCCAGAUCUGCUUCAUUCUGUAACGGGCAAAAGCAAUCGCAGAACUGCAAGUGGAGGCCAAGAAGAAUGCUUUCCGAAUAAGCACUUAGCCCAUCAGAGGCAGCAGGUUACCUCUGAUUUAUCCCCUCCCAGGAGGAAAAGACACGAUUCUGAAACGGACCUGUUGCCUCCUCAGAAGUCAAUGCCAUCCCUUGCUGGGCUGAGGAAGCAAGGCAGUGCCAGAGGCUCUUUUCUGGCUGCUAAAAAGUCCCAGCGACACGAUUCUGAAUCUGAGUCGGAUUCUGCUCCCCCAAGGACAAGCACCAAAGCCUCUUCGGAUUCAGACCUUUCCCCACCACGGGCCAUUCGCUGCACGCAGCCUCAGGUUUCUCCUGAUCUUUCUCCUCGCAGAAGGAAUCAGUGCGGGUCUUCAGACUCUGACUUGUCUCCUCCCCGAAGAGGGCAGGAUGUUGGACAGAAGGCCCGCAGGUCACAAAGCCCCCCUGACCUCUCACCACCGCGGCGGGCCAGAGACUCCCGAGGAAGGGGUGAUGGGGAGCAGAACCCUCAGAUGCUGUCGGGGGGCAAAGCAGGCUUGGUGUCGGCUGAGCUGCUGCGGAGGGAGCGGCAGGAGUUCCGGAAGCAGGAGAGGGGCAGCAAACACCUGGAAGAUGAAUCGCAACAUGCAGCCACCGUUUUCCGGGAUAGGUCCGGCCGUAAGAGGGACCUGAAGCAGGAGCGGCUGGAGCAGCAGAAGGCAGCUCAGCAGCAGUCCGAGCGAGACGAGCAGUAUGCCCAGUGGGGCAAGGGGCUCGCCCAGAGCAGGCAGCAGCAGCAAAACGUGGAGGAUGCCGUGAAGGAAAUGCAGAAGCCGCUUGCCCGGUACAUCGAUGACCAGGACUUGGACCAGAUGUUGCGGGAACAGGAGCGAGAAGGAGACCCCAUGGCCAACUUCAUAAAGAAGAGAAAGAGCAAGGAGGGGAAAGAUCGGAAAGAAAAGCCAAAGUACAGUGGCCCAGCUCCACCUCUCAACCGAUUUAACAUCUGGCCUGGGUAUCGCUGGGAUGGAGUUGACAGGUCCAACGGCUUUGAGCAGAAGCGCUUUGCCAGAAUUGCUAGUAAAAAGGCAGUGCAGGAGUUGGCGUAUAAGUGGAGUGUGGAAGACAUGUGAACGGCCACUCUGAGACACACGAGAACCUCCUGCCACCCCCUGCAGUGAUCCUAUAGUCCCUAACGACUGUGAUUAAAGGCGUUCUGCUCCCAGGGCCCUUUCAGGUGCUUUCAGAGGUUGGCAGAAGCCGCUCGCUCUGGGCAGCCAAAGCAGAGUGAGGCUGGGGAUGCUCCUGGAGCGAACAGCGUGCAAGAAGGACUCCACGCGAGGGUCUCUUUUGUGAGAAUGCCCAGGGGACAGUCACUGCCAACCAUGCUGGGUGCCCAAAAGGGUCAAUUCCUGUUGCGUUUGAGCCCUUGAGAGCACAGCAGCCAGAUACCUCCUCAGGCGCUUUCUUGCCAGAGACGGCACGAAGGAGCACUCCUGCUCAGCAGCACUUCAGCAGGGAGACCUCGGCCUGUGCUGUCUGGACUGUGGGCAAGCUGGAUUCCCUGGCUGGGAGGGGACUCUGGGCUUUGCCGCGUGGCCUUCUUGACUUUCCUGCCUUGCGGAGCCAGGUUGAACUUGUGCGGCCUAGAGGCCAGAAUGGCCCUCCCCCUGCCUGAGGCAUAUUGCUUCCUCUGGGGGCAUUGUCAUUUAGCAACACCUUCUCUGUAGCCGAGGCAGCUGCUUGGGAAAUUAAAUGGUGAAGGUAAAAGACUCUUAGAGCGCCCCUUCCCCCCACACCCGGUGCCCUGUUGAGGUAGGCUUGCCAAGUGCAGCAAAGAAGUUUCUCCAACAAAGCGAGGGUCUUCAGGGCGGGGGGCUGCUCACACUUAACGUUUCUGAAACCCUUUGUAAACUUGAUAUAUAGUUUUGUAAAUAGCAGCUUUUGUAUUUCA